AUGUCGACGUGGGUGUACCUAGCAACUAAGGCGGAUCUGAUCAAGUACGCAAGAGAGUUCGGAUUAGACACAACAGGAAAAGUGGAGGAGCUAAGACAGAUACUGUCAGCAUUCGCAAAGAACCCAAACCACACGGAGACGAUCAUGCAAAGACUAGGAGUACUAGCAGAGAAGCACAAGAAGGAAAAAGGAGCAACGGAUCAGAACAGCACACCAGCGGAGGAACUCAACACAAUGGCAAACCAGAUCGACAUACGGGUCAAACAAAUCAACACCCCACCACGGCAGGAAUCAGAAACUCCAGACAUACCGGACAGAAAGGAACAAAAGGUGGAAGUGGAAAUCCUAGACCGAGUAAGGAGUUGGGGGAUCCGCUACCAAGGAACAACCAAUCCCUUGGAAUUCAUCAGCAAGAUGGAAGAAUGGGCCAAAGGCUACGGCAUUCGCAAAAAUGCCCUGAUCCAGACGAUGCCAUUCAUCCUGGAAGGAGUAGCAGUGGACUGGUGGAACACAACACCGAGCCAGAUAAGGACAUGGGAGGACCUCAGGGAGGAACUGUUAGAAUACUUUUUGCCACUAAGAUAUCAGGAACAGUUGGAAACUCAAAUCACUCAACUACGGCAGCGAGAAACAGAACCAACAAGGGAAUACGCAAUGAACCUGAGGAAACUAAUGAGAUUUACAGAGUAUUCAGAAGAGACAAAUCUGGACCGGAUAUACAGAAACUGCAGAAGUAAAAUAAAGCUCUACACGAGACGGUCGGGAUUUAAAACAUUAACAGAAUUCCUGAGGAAACCAGAACUUGCCGUCGGAAAUCUGCAUAAGAUGCGGAGGAACAGGGCACGCCGCAAGAACCUGCACAAACCCCCCAAGACUGUUUUGCUGGGUAUGCGGCAGAAAUGGAACAAGAACAACGGAAUGUUGCCGAGCUGGAGCGGGAAACGCCAGAGGCCUGAGCAGGUAACGCUGGUAGCUCAGGACCAAAAACAAAUACCAGCGACAGGUGAACAAUUAAGUUGUGACGGAUUCCAAAUAUUUGCACCGGUAAAAAUCGGACCAGUAAAAGCAAAAGGAACAGUGGACACAGGAGCUUCACGGAGUGUGAUCAGCAAGAGAAGAUACAACGAAUUGAGAAAAUAUGGAAAAUGGAGGAAGGGAAGGACAGAAAUAACAUUAGCGAACGGAUCAAAGCAAAGAUCGGAUGGAGACUUUACAACCAACAUACAGUUCGCAGGAGAAGAAUUCGAUUUCGACUUCCUCAUCUUAAAUCAGGUGACAGGAGGAAUAUUAUUAGGAAUAGACUUUCUGGCCAAAACGCGCACAAGAAUCCAAUGCGGCAACCUGGAAUUAGAUAUCACCGAGGCAGAGACAACACAAGGAGAAAUAGAACCCGAGCAGAGCACAGACGAUACAGAGCCGACGGAGGAGGAAAUCAGCAAAUUUCUGGAACAACAAAUGCAAGUAUUCGAGGGAAUGAAGGGAACCAGUAAUAUCACGACACAUAAAAUUUACAUGAAGGACGACAGACCGGCAAAACAACGAUACUACCCACGGAACCCGAAACAACAAGCGAUAAUAAAUGAACAAAUGGAUGAAUUGCUGGCACUAGGGUUGAUUGAACCAUCACACAGUCCAUACAGCGCGCCAGUAGUAUUGGUAAAAAAGAAGAACAACGAGUGGAGAAUGUGUGUGGACUAUCGGCUGUUGAACGAAAGAACAGAAAAAGACGCCUACCCGGUACCAAGAAUGGACUUUAUAUUAAACCAGCUAAGAGAAGCAAAGUUCAUAAGCACGCUAGACCUGAAAUCGGGGUAUUGGCAGAUACCAAUGGAAGGUCUCAGUCGACAAUACACAGCGUUCACAGUACCGGGACGAGGCUUGUUCCAGUGGAAGGUCAUGCCGUUCGGACUCACGACAGCACCAGCCACAUUCCAGAGAGCUCUAGAUACGGUCAUAGGCCCAGAGAUGGAGCCAUUCGCGUUCGCAUACCUGGACGAUAUCGUGGUAAUCGGAAGAAACAAAAAAGAAUACUUGGAAAAAUUAAGAGAGGUUUUCAGAAGGUUGCAAGCGGCAAACCUAAAGAUAAAUGCGGAAAAGUGUAAUUUCUUCCAAACCGAGCUAAAAUACUUGGGACACAUUGUAACCGACAGAGGCAUCAGGACGGACCCGGAGAAAGUGGCAGCCAUUCGAGAAUUACCAGCCCCAAAAGGCACUAAGGAAGUACACAGCUUUUUAGGGAUGGCAUCAUGGUAG